AUGCUGCUUCAUGGUGUGCGCGUGCAGUCUGCGCUGUUGCGCAUUACAUCCAUCGCACGCGCGAUUCAAUUCAUCUUGCAUCUCAUGUCCUUUGACACAUCCACCCCCAUAGGCCGAGCCACUGGCGCCGACAGCAUACCGCUUCUGCCGAUUGACAGCUUGGUAACGCCGCAGAACCCUGCAUCCAUACUUAAAAACAGCCCGUCCCAUCUGCGGCCCGAUAAUCCCCGCAGCCGUCGCGUCCUCUUUUCGCCCACCACAGAGGUGGUUUGUUUUGCCAGCGACACCGAGGCGGAAGAAACCCAUGAACAAGAACAAAGCCUGUGGCAGCGUAUGUUGGCCGAUCCGGCGGUGCCGUAUGUGCUUCUGCUUUACCUCCAACUUUUCCUCAACGUUGUGAUUGUAGCAGCGCUAUUGUACCUUGGAUACACGUUUGUGCGGACCGUAAGGCGGGACAUCGCCCAUAGAGUGGACAUGUAUACACUGGACGCCGUGCACGAGAUUCUGCGGUGCCUGCGCGAGUACUAUCGGAACCGGUGCAACGGGCAUGCGCGCGCGCCUGCCUUGGAGCACAGCUGCACCCAGUGGGAAAAGUGCAUGAAUCGCGACCCGCAGCAAUUGGGCCGAGCCCGCGUGACUGCGGAAACAUUAGCGGAUGUAGUCAAUGGGUUUGUGCGGCCGCUCAGUUGGAAGCUGGUGGCGGUAUUUUGUUUGGCCUUUGGCGGCGGCUUAGGCGCAGUCAACAUUGGCUUGGCGCGGUGCAGGCGCGCUGCAGACGCCAUGCGCGCGCCCAACCCUUUGCGCACGCGCACACGCACAGUCAACGUUGCGGAUGCGCACGACGAAGAGUCUCCGCUCCGCGCGCGGUCCUUCAUAAAGCCGGUUCUGGACAAACAAAAGAUGCUCCACUAG